AUGACGGUCGACUUGGUCAGUGGAUACUACGACGCCGGCGACAACGUAAAAUUCCAUUUUCCGAUGGCGUACACCGGGACAAUGUUGGCGUGGUCCAUUUUGAAAUACGGCGGUGUUAUGGGCCGUAAUCUUCCACGGGCCAUGGAGGCCCUCCGGUGGGCGACGGAUUUCUUUAUAAAAUGCACGGCAAAGCCCGGCGUUGUUUUUGCGCAAGUCGGCGAUCCCAAAGCCGACCACAAUUGUUGGGAAAGGCCCAAAGACAUGGACACUCCUCGGAUCGUCUACGCGGUCACGAAAACAAAGCCCGGCUCGGAAGUUUCCGGCAAAAUGGUGGCCGCCAUGGCCGCCGCCAGUAUAGUGUUCAAGAACGCCGGAGAUCGCUCAUACUUUAGCCUCCUCCGUGAUAGGGCCGAGAAGGUAUUCAGAUUUGCAGACGCACACAGAGGUUUUUACAACGACAACAUCGGCUAUGGCGUCUGCCUUUUUUACUGCGAUUAUAACGGCUAUCAGGACGAACUGGUGUGGGCAGCAACUUGGCUAAAUAAAGCGACGAAGAAUUCAAUGUACUGGAGUUACAUUGUUAAGAACUUUGGGGACUUUAAGCCAAAUUAUGAACGCCUCCUUCUUCAAUUCGGUUGGGAUGCAAAACAUGGUGGAAUCGACAUUAUUCUUUCCCAGGUAAUUUUAAUCUUAUAA